AUGUGUGUGAAGGAGUUUUUAGGGUACUCGUGCGGGCACUGCUCGAUGCCCUACCUCCGGCCGUGUCCGGUCACCGCGUCUAACCCGACUUUCCCAGCUUGCAAAUUCCCGGCCGAGCGACCGAUCUAUACCAAUGAAAACUGCCACAGCUGCGAGAGAGUCCUGUGGAACAUGGAGGUGCUGAGAAAGGAGGAAGAGCACCGACAAAUGCACAAGCGGCGAGAGUGCCACUGUGAAGUUAUCUUCGAUGCAGAGGAGCGCGAGAGACGACUUCGACCCAGAGGCAGCAAAGGAAAGGGGAAGGGGAAGGAGUUGGCUCGUAUUGAAUUCGGAGGUCAAGGUGGAGAUGAGGGAGAAGUCGGAGCGGCCGGCGUAUCUGGUGUCGCCGGUGUCGCUGGUGUCGCCGGUGUCGCUGGUGUCGCCGGUGUAGCUGGUGUCGCCGGUGCGUCUGAGAAGGGACAUGGACUUGAUACUCCGAAUACUGGUCACCGUGGUGUCACUGAAGCUGGACCCAGAAAGCCCCGUCAAGAUUGGGCUCCGGAUGCUCAGAUGGCAGCUUACCAGUAUGUGGGAUACCAGACCAACGGUACUGGAAAUGGACCGCACAUGGCUCAAUAUGGACAGGGAGGUGGAUUUCCAGGUGGAGGAAACACUCAGAUGGACCUGGUUCCGAUGGCACAAAGACCUGGAUAUCCUGCUGGCGGUGGAGUUGGUAAAAUGGAUUUGGAUCAAGUCGCGGCAGGACAUGGCUUCCCGGUUGGUGGAGUUGUCCCCCGAGAGCACUUGUGGGAGGGUCAAAUGGAAAUUGGUCAACCAGGCGCUGGUAUGAAGUGGUAUCCGCAGCAGCAUGAAGCUAAUAUGCCAACAAUGCCCGAUCUCUAUUCAUCUCCCACGAGCAUUCCCGACAAGAUGCCUCGCACCUGGCAAAGAUCAAAGUCCGAACCUCCGGAGGAGAUCAACCACCCUGCUUCCCCUGCACUUAACUUCACACAGCCCGUUACCGUGGCCGAUGCUGUAGCUAUUGCUCCAGACCUUCAGCAGCCUGCCAUUGUCAGCAGUGACAUGGCCCAGUUAUGA